UGGAGAGGAGCUUUCUCUAUCGUCUCCAUAAGGCCGCUGUAAGGUCCAUCCGCGGGAUGGAGGAGGGAGGAGAUAUCCCGGGCAUUGCUGUGUGAUUGCGAGCUCCGAAGUUCCUUCUCCGCAGCUCUGACUCCACUGUGUCUUUUGCUGAUGAGAAUGCACGGAAUUCCUCAUAUUUGAUGUUGCGAAGAGCUGAUAAACCCAUAAUAGGGAAUUCCUGCUGCUGUUAAUUGUCUAAACCCUCCACCAUGCACUGGAUUGCCCCUUUCUUCACAAAGGGUUGCUACAGGAAUCAGCACCUGCAAGUUCAGUUUUGCAUCUUUCGGGCCUUUUCCAGUCAUCUCCCAAAACAGGUGACUGAAGAUGUGGCAAAUCACUCAUCACCGCAGCUGGGAGCUGCUGCAGGAAGCCUACUUCUCAAAACUCCCAAGGGCACCAGGGAUUUCAGCCCAAAGCAGAUGGGCAUCCGUGAAAAAAUCUUCAGCACCAUAAUCAGCUGCUUCAAGCGUCACGGAGCUGUGACAAUAGACACUCCUGUGUUUGAGCGGAAGGAACUCUUGAUGGAGAACUUUGGGGAGGAGUCAAAGCUGGUCUAUGACCUGACCUAUCAGGGAGGAGAGCUGCUGUCUCUUCGCUAUGACUUGACUGUGCCCUUUGCUCGUUAUCUGGCUAUGAAUAAAAUUACCAAUUUUAAGCGUUACCACAUUGGCAAAGUCUACAGGCGUGACAGUCCCGUCAUGACAAGGGGACGCUGCAGAGAGUUCUGCCAGUGUGAUUUCGACAUUGCUGGCCAAUAUGAUCCUAUGAUUCCUGAUGCAGAGUGUCUGAAGGUCAUGCAUGAGAUUCUAAGUGCCCUGCAGUUUGGAGAUUUCCUUAUCAAAAUCAAUGACAGGCGUAUUUUGAACGGGAUCUUUACAGUGUGUGGUGUUCCUGAAACAAAGUUUGAAAACGCUUGCUCCACGCUUGACAAACUGGACAAGAUGACGUGGGAAGAAGUGAAAAAUGAGAUGAUCAAAGAGAAGGGGGUUUCUCCUGAGGCUGUAGAUCAUGUUGGUGAAUAUGUUCAGCUCCAUGGGGGCCUGUGUUUGAUUGAGAAGCUGCUCCAGGAUCCAAAGCUGUCCCAGAGUAAGCUGGCCAUAGAAGGGCUGGAGGACAUGAAACUGCUAUUUGAGUACCUUACUCUGUUUGGCAUCAUAGAUCAGAUCUCCUUGGACCUGAGUCUGGCUCGUGGUCUAGAUUACUACACUGGAGUGAUCUUUGAGGCUGUCUUGCUGCACCAGCAAGAUAAUCACGAGUCUCUCAACAUGGGCAGUGUGGCUGGAGGUGGACGCUAUGAUGGACUUGUAGCACAAUUUAAUCCAAAAGGGAAAAAGGUACCCUGUGUAGGAGUCAGCAUUGGUGUUGAAAGGAUCUUCUCCAUCCUAGAGCAGAAUGCUAAGGGGAAGAUCUACACAACAGAGACACAAGUGCUGGUGGCUGCUGCUCAGAAGAAUUUCCUUGCUUGGAGAAUGAAGUUCAUCUCUGAACUGUGGGAUGCAGGCAUCAAGGCAGAGAUGUUUUAUAAGAAAAACCCCAAGCUGCUAAGCCAAUUGCAAUAUUGUGAAGAAAAAGGAAUUCCACUUGUUAUCAUCAUAGGAGAACAGGAGCUGAACAAUGGAGUUGUGAAACUUCGAGAUGUUAUUACCAGGAAAGAGAUCAAUGUUCCUAAGGAGAAUAUCAUAGAUGAGAUCAAGAGAAGGUUGGAAGAAUAGAGCCCCUUGGUUUCACUUUUCAAAAGGGUGGCAGUUUUGUGCAGCCUUUAUAGAAUGUUACCAGCCUGUUAAACCAUAAGGUCAUACAGUGUUGUUGUUGUUUUUAAUAAAGUUUACUUCAUUUUCUGUUGGAAUAUUACCAGUCUGUUAAGUCAUUUGGGAUUAUUCAGCCUUGUUUUAAAAAAUGCAUUUUCUAUUAGUACAAAGCAGCAGUUCUGAGAAAUUGGACUUCUGAAAUACUGGUCUUUCAAAAGCAUGUUAGUUUUGCUGUUUGUCAUGAUAUAAGGUUGACCUAGGGAUGGAGAGUGGGUCAGGGUACACAGAGGAAAGGGGAUAAGGAAGAAGGUUAGGAAGACUAGAAAGAAGGGACAGGCACAUUUGGGGUUGGAGAUCAGAGGGAAGGAAACAAUGGGACAAGGACUAGGCAGCAUGAAGAGGAAGAGCCUGGAAAGAAGAUGAGUCAGGGGCAUGAAGUAGAAGGAUGGUUCUCCCUCCCUUUCUCUGUUCUGGGAUUAUCUCUUCUAAGCUUCAUUGCCAGGUGGAGGGGAGAUCGUUGGGAGGUAAAGUUUAUCCUCCCCUCCCCAAUUGCAAUUAAAUUAAAGGCUUUAAUUUAAAAAAAAACUCCCAUUGGCAUCAAUGGAAAGGUUUCAUAGAAUCAUAAAAUAGCGGAGUUGGAAGGGGCCUACAAGGCCAUCGAGUCCAACCCCCUGCUCAAUGCAGGAACCCACCCUAAAGCAUCCCUGACAGAUGCUUGUCCAGCUGCCUCUUGAAUGCCUCUAGUGUGGGAGAGCCCACAACCUCCCUAGGUAACUGGUUCCAUUGUCGUGCUGCUUUAACAGUCAGGAAGUUUUUCCUGAUGUCCAGCUGGAAUCUGGCUUCCUGUCACUUGAGCCCAUUAUUCCGUGUCCCACACGCUGGGAGGAUCGAGAAGAGAUCCUGGCCCUCCUCUGUAUGACAACCUUUCAAGUAUUUGUCUUGCGAUCAUGUCUCCCCUCAAUCUUCUCUUCUCCAGGCUAAACAUGCCCAGUUCUUUCAGUCUCUCUUCAUAGGGCUUUUUUUUUCUACAUUCAAUUGCAGUGCAGGGGGGAUUUUGGGGUGUGUUGCAGCAUUGAGGAGAGGGGAGGUUUAACCCAUUAAACCCAAAAGAAAGUAUUCUGGUUUCAAUUGUAUAUUAGUAUUUAAUAUCUUCUGAAUUAAAGAAUGAAUUUGAAACCAGAAACUCUUGGCUUUUUUACAAGUCCACCAUAUGUGAUAGAAUGUUCCUUCCUGCUGUUCACAUUUCCAACAAAUUCCUGAGACCCCUUUAUACAUUUUAGCCAAUUUUGAAGGAGACAUAUACCAUCUAUACAUCAUCUUAUAAAAGUUCUCUUUAAUGUAAACUUUAAACCUCAUAUUUCCCAUUGUAUAUUAUAUCCAAAAUUUUGACUCCAUUUUAUCAUACAAUCCUUUACUUGUUCAUCCUCCGUCUCCAACUUUAACAAAAGUUUAUACAUUUUUGCAACAACAUGUUCAUCAUUUGUACAUAAUUCCCUUUCAAAUUCAGACUUUGUUUGCUCAAAACGAGAGGUUCUUUUAUCUACUGAAAUUUGUAAAUAUUCUAAUAAAUCGUGAUAUAUCAACCAA